CCAGCUGUUCCCUACACAGAUUCUCCAGGGCUAGUUCAUCGCCUCCGAAUACUCCUGUGACAGGAGGCGCUUGCAAAACCCGCCUCCGGCCCCUCACAGCAAUAAAUAGAAGGCUCCCAGCCCAGAAGCAGAGAGAAGUUUCUAGGGGUUUAUGAAGCUCCUGGCUGUACUCUAGAGCUCAGCGGCUCUGGCUGCCAGCCUGGGCCGGCCUGGGAGGACAGUGGCUGACUGAUCUCUGGUGAGGAGGUGUGGAGAGGGGCCCUCUGGGACUCAGCUGAACCAGCCGAGGGAUCGCCAUUGGUGGCUGGAGUGUCUUUAGGGGCUGGGACCUUAGCCUGGUGUGUGCCUUGGUCCUUGGCAGUGGAUGGUUCGGCAUUUUCUGAAGGUGAAGAAUACGCUUGGAAGGCUAACCCACCCAUAUCACCUUGCUGUGUGACCUUGGGCAGGUGGCCCUCUCUCUCUGAGGCUCCGUCUCCCCUGCAGCUCAGCAGCCGCCAUGGCGGAUGGUCAGAUGCCCUUCCCCUGCCACUACCCAAGCCGCCUGCGCAGAGACCCCUUCCGAGACUCGCCCCUCUCCUCCCACCGCCUGCUGGAUGAUGGCUUUGGCAUGGACCCCUUCCCCGACGACUUGACUGCCUCUUGGCCCGACUGGGCCCUGCCUCGACUCUCCUCGGCCUGGCCGGGGUCCCUGAGAUCGGGCACGUUGCCCCGGGUGCCCACUGCCACAUCCAGGUUUGGGGUACCUGCCGAGGGCAGGAGCCCCCCACCCUUCCCUGGGGAGCCCUGGAAAGUGUGUGUCAACGUGCACAGCUUCAAGCCAGAGGAGCUGAUGGUGAAGACCAAGGACGGAUACGUGGAGGUGUCUGGCAAACAUGAAGAGAAGCAGCACGAAGGUGGCAUCGUUUCCAAGAACUUCACAAAGAAAAUCCAGCUUCCCGCAGAGGUGGAUCCUGCGACAGUGUUUGCCUCACUUUCCCCAGAGGGUCUGCUGAUCAUUGAAGCUCCUCAGGUCCCCCCUUACUCACCAUUUGGAGAGAGCAGUUUCAACGAGCAUCCCCAAGACAGCCCGGAAGUCACCUGUACUUGAGACCCCAGUCUUGGCCCAUCUUUGUUCCCUCCCCAACCCCAGGGCUUCUCUGAUUCCAGGGUACAUACAUAUUACUUUAGCUGAACUCAUAGAUUUAGUGUGACUAAAAAGGUUGGGGGUCGUGGUGAAUUGGCCAGUCCCUGGAUAGAGUAGUAGUACUAGGUUUUUCCACAAGAGGGCGCAAUUGGCAAGUCAUGCUCAGUUGCGUUAGGCCAAAAUGCGGGGAGUUUUUCUUUACCUCUUCUAUCUUGAUUUAAAAAAUGUUGCACAUUCUAUAGUUGCAAAACAAAUAAAAGGGGACAUAACAUUUUACACUGUAUCUUACUUUGCAGUGAAUGCAAGGUUUGCUUUUCUCUGGGGACCUCGCACCACCCAGAUUCCUUUUCUGGGCUCCCAAUGUCCCUGCCUGCCCCAAUGUUGGUUGAUGGAGCCCAUUAGCUCAAUACAGCCCUAGCCUACAAAGGGUGAUAGACAGGUCUUACGUCCCCCAAUGGGGUUCAUUCAACAACCACAUGAAAACAAGUAGUGCCUUCUGCUCUCCACCCAGGCAUUUAUUGCCAAGCCGACACUCCCCAAGGACUCUGGAAGCCCCCCCGUUUCUCCUCUGGCUAAAGUCCCCCCCUUUCUUGUGUCUCUUAAGUCCAGGUCGGGAUUUUUACAGAGGGGGUUGUCUCCAGACAGCUCCAUCAGGAACCAAGCAAAGGCCAGACAGCCUGGCAGGCAGGACAGUGGUAUUGUGUAUAUGGGUGGGACAUGUGUGUCAUUGUUAUUUGAAUUGUGCUGUUGUUUAGGGGAAAGUAACAGUAAAUAAUAAUAAUAAUAACUAUAAUAAUAAAAGAGCUGAUGUUCUUA